AAUGACAAAAUAUUUAGAAUUCAUUCCUUCAUUAAGGUUUCAUAAAUCCCUCCAAAAAACUCCAUACGAAGCAGUAUUUGGCCGUAAACUCCACUCUUUACCUUCCAGCGUUUCAAUAGAUGAUCAACUAGAAGAAUUUGUAAUAAAUGGUUUUUAUGUAGAGCAAACAGAAAAUAAUAAAGAGGAAAUUCCAGAAGAAAUCCCAACUUGUUCAGAUUCUCAAUUUGAUGAAAAGGAGGAGGAAAUUACUAAGAAAUAUUGUAAAUGUAAUUCUGAAUGUAAAGGGAAUCGUUGUUGUUGUAAAAAAGAAGGGAGGUUUUGUGGAAAUAAAUGCCACAAAAGUUUUCCUUGUUCAAAUAAUUUUUUGGCUUAA